AGUAAAUAAAUAGAAUAAGAGAAAGGGAAGCAAUUGUAGAAGAUAAAGAAAUGGAAGGUGGUUCUAGAGGAACACUCAAAGCUGUGGCUCUCAUCACAGGAGACAACAACGUUAGAGGCUCUGUUCACUUCACUCAAAUCCCAAACGGGAUAACCCAUGUCCAAGGAAAGAUAACAGGCCUGUCUCCUGCCCUUCACGGCUUCCAUAUCCAUGCCCUUGGUGAUACCACCAAUGGCUGCAAUUCCACUGGGCCUCAUUUUAAUCCAUUAAAGAAGGAUCAUGGAGCUCCAAGCGACAGAGAGCGCCAUGCUGGUGAUUUGGGUAACAUUAUUGCCGGCCCUGAUGGGGUCUCUGAGGUUUCAAUUAAAGAUUGGCAGAUUCCACUUGGUGGACAGCAUUCCAUUUUAGGGAGGGCAGUUGUUGUGCAUGCUGAUCCUGAUGAUUUUGGCAAAGGUAGACAUGAACUUAGCAAGACAACAGGGAAUGCCGGUGCAAGAGUUGGAUGUGGUAUCAUUGGCCUUCAAUCAUCUGUUUAGAAGUAGUGU